GCCCCUGAUCCACUCUCCGCUUCCCGCUCCGAUCGACCUGCUCCCUCCCCACCACCGAGCCCAUGGCGGACCAGCUCACCGACGACCAGAUCGCCGAGUUCAAGGAGGCCUUCAGCCUCUUCGACAAGGACGGGGAUGGUUGCAUCACGACCAAGGAGCUGGGCACUGUCAUGCGCUCGCUGGGGCAAAAUCCUACAGAGGCUGAGCUCCAGGACAUGAUCAACGAGGUCGAUGCUGAUGGCAACGGCACCAUCGAUUUCCCAGAGUUUCUCAACCUUAUGGCUCGCAAGAUGAAGGACACCGACUCUGAGGAAGAGCUCAAGGAGGCCUUCCGUGUGUUUGACAAGGACCAGAACGGCUUCAUCUCGGCCGCCGAGCUCCGCCAUGUCAUGACAAAUCUUGGUGAGAAGCUAACUGAUGAGGAGGUGGACGAGAUGAUCCGUGAGGCUGAUGUCGAUGGUGAUGGCCAGAUCAACUACGAGGAGUUUGUCAAGGUCAUGAUGGCCAAGUGAGCCACAGAACCAUAAUCUGAAGGCAGAGAAGAUUAUGCAUUGCAUAUUAGUCAAGAUGCAACUUUUUAUUCCAUCGACUUCUAGUGAAACAUUCUGCUAGUUGUAGUUGCUGAAAAAGGCAAUGUAGUUCCUGCUUUGUUCUUCCCUCCAGUGUGUUUUCAGAACUGUUGUUUCAUGUGAACUUGUAAUGAUUGCCCUCUCUGCUGUGUCUUGAUUGCAGUUAAAAUCAUAUGUAGUUUCACCCCACCCACACAUCAACUUCUGUUUCACGCUGUUUGUAUCAAUGGAUGGCCCGUUGUUUUUAGUGCAAUGAUCUUUAGUUACCGUGGCA